CACUCUCCCACCCCAAGGCCCUUUUCUCCAUUUGCUCCUCCCUUGUCACUUCUACUCCGCCCCUUAGGGCCCUAAACUUCCUGGGCCGGAACUGUUUGGCUUUUCCUGCCCCAGUUGAGGGUAGGGGCGGCUUUUGGCCUUAGGAGAGGAAACAUGGAGUCCAGGAGAGCAGCGCCCGGGCCACCCAGCCAGGGCUCAGCUGUGGGCGCGGGGUCAGCCGCUGAGCUCGUGUACCAUCUAGCGGGGGCCCUGGGCACUGAGCUGCAGGAGCUGGCACGCCGGUUCGGGCCCGACGCAGCGGCUGGGCUGGUGCCACUAGUGGUGCGGGCGCUGGAGCUCUUGGAAAAGGCCGCCGUGGGGCCGGCGCCGGACUCGCUGCAGGUGUCCGCGCAGCAGGCUGAACUGGAGCUGCGGCGGCUGCGCGAGGAGAACCAGCGUCUCCGCCGGGAGCUGGGCUCAGGGCCGCAGGAGGAGCGCGCGCUGCUGCGACAGCUCAAGGAAGUGACGGACCGACAGAGGGACGAGCUUCGGGCACACAGCCGAGAUCUAAUGCGCCGGAGCCAAGAGACCGAGGCGCUGCAGGAGCAGCUGCAGCGCCUCCUGCUGGUCAACUCGGAGCUGCGGCACAAGCUGGCCGCAGUGCAGACCCAACUCAGGGCAGCGCAGGACCGGGAGAGGGAACGCCAAAUAGCUCAGGAUGGCUCCAGCCAGCUGGCGGAAGAACAGAGGCUGAAGCCUGAAGCGGCAACCCCAGAUGACCGGGUGGAUACCCAGCAGCGGCCAGAGCACCCUCCAGAGGCCGUUCAAUGUGGCUUCAGCCGGGAGGAGCUUCAGCAGAUCCUUCAGGAGCGGAAUGAGCUCAAAGCCAACGUAUUCUUGCUCAAGGAGGAAUUGGCCUACUUCCAGCGAGAGCUGCUCACGGAUCACCGGGUCCCUGGGCUUCUCCUUGAAGCCAUGAAGGUGGCAGUCAAGAGACAGCGGAAGAAGAUCAAGGCCAAGAUGUUAGGGACACCAGAGGAAGCAGAGAGCAGUGAUGAUGAGGAUGACUCGUGGCUUCUGCUCUCCAAUGACAAGGAUGAUGCUCCUCUAGUUCCUGGAUCCAGAAUACAGAAUUUCUUUGGCUUAUGGUAUCGGGGUGAAACUGAGGCCCCUGAAACUGAGACCAGCAACACAGCUCCCAGCAGGCUACAGGAAGGAGAAGAGACCCCACAGCAACCCCACAUGGAACCCGUGGGCAGCCUUCCAGCCCCCAACUCCUGACUAGUCCUUCUCUGCUUCCGAUGAACAUCUUGCUCCGAGGACUUCGGCUAUUAAGAGGCUUAACUUUGAGUUCCAGUUGUGUCCAGAUGUGUGACCUCAAACAAGGACGAGGCUCCCCUCUAUACCUAGCCUGCACUAGGCAUGAUGGGAUUGCAGCCUCUCUCCCUUUCUUGAUAUCUUUGUCCCACACUUCAGAGCCAGAGGUAACAGUGUCUCUGAGCUCCACUUUGCCCAUUGAGAGACAGAGGGCUGCCUGCCUCCCUCCCUGAGGCUUAUGCAGGUGAUCAGUGCAAUAAAGCUUUUACCCAUAAUACCCCUAAAAA